AUGUCUCGUCCCAACAAUGAGGAGCCCGUCCCUCUCCUCUCCUCCGAGGAGAGAGAUCUCGAGACCAAGGGCGAACUCGACCUCGAGAGCCAUGCCGGCCGCGCCGAGCCCCCCAAGAACCAGAACCUCGAGCACGAGUACUCGAUCCCCAGCACAGUCAAGUUUGCUUGGCUCGGCACCUACUUCUUCUUCUCGCUUCUCCUGACUCUGUACAACAAGCUGGUCCUGGGAAUGUUCCACUUCCCUUGGCUUCUGACCUUCCUCCACGCUUCUUUCGCCAGCGCUGGUACCUAUGUCAUGAUGCAGUUGGGCUACUUCAAGCUGUCGCGACUGGGUCGCCGUGAGAACCUCGCCCUGGUCGCCUUCAGUGCCCUUUUCACCGCCAACAUUGCCGUCUCCAACCUGUCUCUGGCCAUGGUUUCCGUUCCCUUCUACCAGACCAUGCGCAUGCUGUGCCCGAUCUUCACCAUUCUCAUCUACCGCGUCUACUACGGCCGCACCUACAGCUCCAUGACCUACCUCUCUCUGCUGCCUCUCAUCAUUGGUGCCGCCAUGACCACUCUGGGUGAGAUGAGCUUCACUGAUGCUGGUUUCCUCCUCACCAUCCUCGGUGUCGUUCUUGCUGCUCUCAAGACCGUCGUCACCAACCGAUUCAUGACUGGCUCUCUCGCCCUGCCUCCCAUCGAGUUCCUUCUCCGCAUGUCUCCUCUCGCUGCUCUCCAGGCUCUGGCUUGCGCCACCGCGACCGGUGAGGUUAGCGGCUUCCACAAGCUCAUCACCUCGGGCGACGUCUCUCUCCCUCCCGCCUUCGCCUCGCUCUUCGGAAACGGUUUCCUCGCUCUGCUGCUCAACAUCUCUUCGUUUAACACCAACAAGCUUGCUGGUGCCCUCACCAUGACUGUUUGCGGUAACCUCAAGCAGUGCUUGACCGUUGCCCUCGGCAUUGUACUCUUCGAUGUGACCGUCGACCUGCUUAACGGAGCUGGUAUGGCCGUCACUAUGCUUGGUGCUGCCAUCUACAGCAAAGCCGAGCUCGACAACAAGAACCGAAAGAGCCAGCAGGCCGCCGCCGCUGCUGCCACCGCUUACAAGCCCGUCGACCAGCAGGUCCGGUAG